AUGGCCAACCUUUUUCUUCGGCCUCUCAGUAUUUUGUUCCAUAUUUUUUUAUUAAAAGGCAAAAUUAAUCGAGAGCCUUUGCAGACAUCAAAACAACCGGGGGCCAUUGUUAGGUAUGAUUACAAGAGGUUCAACAAAGUAAAUGUUAAUUUUUAUUAUACGAACAAAACACCUUAUAAUGCCGACCGUAGAUUGAAGGGUUUUCAAGUCCGCCACCAUAAAAUUCAUGUCUAUAUUGAUAUUAACUUAGGAAAAUGUUCUUAUUUUGUUCUUAGUGCCGACGCCAUGUUUUUUAACAAACUGUCUUGUAAUAAAAUUCGAAAGUUAAUUUGUUUCGGAUAA